AUGAUUGAUAUUUUUGCGGCAUUGCACUAUACUGAGGAAAGACAAGUCACAUUUGCUGUCUUCCAACUGAAGGGAGUAGCCCGUUCUUGGUGGAAUGUAAUAAGGUUGAAAUGGGAGAGAGAACAAACACCGAGAACUUGGGUGAAUUUUAUGAGAGAGUUUAACGCAAAGUACUUCCAACCUCUAAUUCAAGAAAAGAAAGAAGAUGAGUUCAUUAGACUUCGCCAGAGAGCUCAGACUGUUGCCGAAUAUGAGAGCCAGUUCACUAGGUUUUCUAAGUUCGCCCCCGAGCUAAUUGUGACUGAGCAAAGGAGGAUAAGGUGUUUUGUCCAGGGCUUAAAUAUUGAGAUUCAGAAGGAUCUAGCUGUAGCCCAACUGAAUGCCUUCAGUGACGCGGUGGAAAAGGCUCAACGAGUUGAAAGCGCAAGGCUACAAGUUAGAACCUUUCAGACGAGGAAAAGAGCUAUUCCUGGAAGUAGCAUGGGACAAGAGGAUACGAGUACAUCUCCCAAGCUCGGAAAGAGAACUGGAGGGUUAAGAUUUCCUGGAAUGUCAAGUGAUGCUUCACAGAGAGGCUCGGGCUCUGCUUCCCAUGGUCCCUGCGGGUACAGUGGAAAGCCGAAUCACACGGAGGAUGUCUGCUGGAAGAAAGGAAGAAAAUAUCUACGUUGCGGGAGUGCAGAUCAUCAAAUUGCUAAUUGCCCAGGCCGAUCGCGAGAAGGGAGUGGGAAUUGA